CUCGUGACGUCCUUCCGUCAUCAGUUCCAUGCUCCACCGUUGCCGGACGUCUUGGUGUCUCAGCUUAACGUCGGUGUUGCACAUUGUCUUCAAGCUGAACGUUAUUUAUUUACGCAGAAACUGUUUAUCUAAUGUUUAUCAUCCGGGUGUGACGCCGUCUGUUUCCCCCGGGAGACAUGAACACGUAGCUGUCGGUUCUGCAGAAGGUGGGUCAGCGUUAGCCGUUAGCUGUUAGCUUAGCCUCUCGGGCCGGGCUGUAUGUGAGCACACAGGCCGUGCUCACCGCUUCGCUCUCGAACAAUGUACCCCUCCUGGGGCAAUUACGCUGGUUCUCAUUCGCAAAACUAUGGAGGUUCCGGGCCUCGUAAGCCUCCGGGUGCCGCCCCUGCCGCGGGAUUCGGCGGCUUCGAAGCCCCGUCCGGCGCGCUGUUCUCCAGUCUCCAGGAGCAGCACCUCCAGCAGAUGCAGCAGCUGCAGAUGCUGCACCAGAAGCAGCUCCAGUCGGUGUUGCAUCACGGUAACAGCGCCGGGGCGUACGGUGGUGGGUACCCGGGCUCCCAGUGGGACUCCGAGGCUCCGGGACAUAUAGAGGGUAGCACUGGAGCUCAGACCUACGGGACACAAGACGGGACCCCGGCCCCUCCGACCAGAGCUCCCCCUGCUCCCAUGCCGGGUCACCAGCAGCCGCCUCCGCCGCCACCACAGCCGCACGUUGCAGAGCAACAACCGUGUCCUCCUCCUCCGGAGCCUCCGUCAGCAAAGCCCCCGGAGAAUAACGAUGGUUUCAAAGAGGCCAACAAGAAGGAUGGGUCCAUGACGGAAGACGACAAAUCUUCAGCCUUACAGGAUCAACAGCAACGUUGGUACAAACAGCAUCUUCAGAAUCUACAGAGGUUGAAGCAAGAGAAAGCCAAACAGAAUCAAAAAGAGGGUGAUGGCCAUGUGCUGCCACCCCCAGGUCACGCAGUUCCUCCUCCGCCUCCGUCAGAACCACCAAGAAACGCACCACCUCCACCCCCACCAAGAGAUGACCCUCCAGCACCUCCUCCUCCACCUGACGAAACAGGGCCUGAAGACCCACAUGACCCGGUGGAGGCUGCCCGCCUCCAGCAGUUACAAGUUGCAGCAGCACAGUGGCAGCAUGUGCAACAGCAGAGAGCAGGCUUACAAUACCAGGCUCUGAUGCAACAGCAUGAGAAGCUUCAGCAGAUCCUGGAGAAAUACCAACAGCUGAUUCAGCAACCAGCAGACCUUCAGUCAAUGUCUCCUGAAAUGCAGCUGAGGCACUAUGAAAAUCAACAACAACAGUUCACCCCCUUAUUUCAAGACUGGGAUCGCUCAUUUGUCCUGUGGUAUGAGCAGUUCAAGACCUAUCCCCACAAAGACCAACUGCAGGACUAUGAGCACCAAUGGAAGCAGUGGCAGGAGCAGAUGAAUGCCACCAAUGCCCACCUUCAAGAAAGGGUGGCCGCUCUGUCUGCCAUGGUGCCAUUUCCCUCAGGCCAGUAUAAUAGUGGGAUGAUGGGACAAUAUGGCCAGUUCCCUGCACAAGACAUGAAAAUGCAGCAGCAGUCACUAAAUGUGGGUAUACAGCACUCUACAGGUGCUGUUGGUCCCAGAUCUCAAGGUCCACUGCCUACUGGGUUUGGGCCACAACAGGAAUCACCUGCUGGACCCCCUGUGAGAGGAAUUGGCCCCGCAGGAGUACAACCUUCAGGUCCCCCCACAAUUCAACCACCAAGCUUCAACAGUGCACAAGGUCCACGAUUUGACCAGCCACAGCAGCGCUUUGAUGGUCCCCCAAGGUUCGACCAGUCCCAGCAGCGCUCUGAUGGUCCCCCAAGGUUCGACCAGUCCCAGCAGCGCUCUGAUGGUCCCCCAAGGUUCGACCAGUCCCAGCAGCGCUCUGAUGGUCCCCCAAGGUUCGACCAGUCCCAGCAGCGCUCUGAUGGUCCCCAAAGGUUCGACCAGCCACAGCAGCGCUCUGAUGGUCCCCCAAGGUUCGACCAGCCACAGCAGCGCUCUGAUGGUCCCCCAAGGUUCGACCAGUCCCAGCAGCGCUCUGAUGGUCCCCAAAGGUUCGACCAGCCACAGCAGUGCUCUGAUGGUCCCCAAAGGUUCGACCAGCCACAGCAGCGCUCUGAUGGUCCCCCAAGUUUUGACCAGCCACAGCAGCGCUCUGAUGGUCCCCCAAGGUUCGACCAGCCACAGCAGAGCUCUGAUGGUCCCCCAAGGUUCAACCAGCCACAGCAGCGCUCUGAUGGUCCCCCAAGGUUCAACCAGCCCCAGCAGCGCUCUGAUGGUCCCCCAAGGUUCGACCAACCACAGCAGCGCUCUGAUGGUCCCCCAAGGUUCAACCAGCCCCAGCAGCGCUUUGAUGGUCCCCCAAGGUUCAACCAACCACAACACCGCUUUGAUGGUCCCCCAAGAUUCAACCAACCACAGCAGCGUUUUGAUGGUCCCCCAAGGUUUGACCAGCCACAGCAGCGUUUUGAUGGUCCUCCACCGUUUGACCAACCACGGCAGCAAUUUGAUGGUCCUCCCAGAUUUGACCAACCACGGCAGCGCUUUAAUGGUCCUCCCAGAUUUGACCAAUCACGGCAGCGCUUUGAUGGUCCCCCUCGAUUUGGGCAGCAGCCAAGGUUUGAGCAACCCCCUAGGAAUCCUGGCCCUUCACCUCGUUUUGAGCGCCCACCUUUGCCACAGCAAAAGCCACAUCAAGGUACCCAACUUAAAGCAGAAAUGGUCUCUAAAACACCUUUAGGCGUGGACUCCAAGAAAACUGAAAAAUCUGAUGUGCAACCACAAUCUGAAAAAGAUAAUAGCAAAUCAAGGCCAGAUGGUAAGGCCAAAGGUGUAGACUUGGCAGAUGACAACUUGCUUGAAAAUGAAGGUUUUUUUGUCCAAAAUGACCCCAUUCCUCAGACAUUACAGACAAACAAAAAUGUCAAGGAGCCAGAUUCCAAUAAACCGUCUGUUGAUGGCGUAAAUCCCGAACCUCUUAAAAAAAAGCCUUCAGUAACUGUUUCUUCUUCUACUGUGGCAUCAAAAACGACUGCUCCUGAUACAGCCAGCAAAUCACAGGAAAAAUUGGUAAACAACAAAACCCCAAUGGUUCAAAAGCCCCCAGGAAUCAAACAGGAGCCAAAAGCUUCUGGCCAAAUGCAGACAAGACCAGAGCCUCCAAGACCUAUCCCUGGGAGGGGACGAGGUCAGCCCCCAGUGCCUGUUCAAGUGCCUGGACGUGGCCGUGGGCAGAGGGGCCGUGGAGUUUUUACAGGAGCAAACACGGUCCCGCUAGGGGAGGAGAUGGCAGGAAUGUCUUAUGACUACAUGCCACCCGAAGAGGACUCACGGAUACCAGAAGAUCAGGAAGAAAGUCACUGGGAAGAUCCCUCAUACGCGGAGUUUGCUUGUGAGGAUUCUGAGGCGCCUACUGAAGAAAUGUGGAUGCCAGAGGAAGAUCACUUCCAAACAGAGGAAGAGUAUUAUGAAGAGCCAAUAGGAGGAAUGCCUAUGGGGAGAGGAAGGCCCCCAAUGAUGAGAGGAAGGCCCCCGAUGAUGAGAGGAGGGCCCUCGAUGAUGAGAGGUGGACCACCUAUAGGUAGAGGAGGGCCCCCAAUGAUGAGAGGAGGCCCACCUAUGGGUAGAGGAGGGCCCCCAAUGAUGAGAGGAGGCCCUCAUAUGGGUAGAGGUGGCCCUCAUAUGGGUAGAGGUGGACCACCUAUGGGAAGAGGGGGUCCUCCAAUGGGAAGAGGGGGUCCCCCAAUGGGAAGAGGAGGAGGACCACCUAUGGGAAGAGGAGAUCCAAUGGACAUGCACUGGGAAGGACCUGAGUCAGCUGAGUACUCGGAGGAAGUGGACCCUUACUGGGGAGAAAGGAGACCAUUAAUGAGAGGUAUGAGACCCCCGUUUCCCCCUGGCCGUGGUCGCCCUCCACGUGGUCAUCCUGGUUUCUUGCAUCAAGGACGAGGACGCCCCCAUCACCCCCCACAUGGGCCAAUGGAUCAUGACCCGUUAGGGCAUGGAAUGGACACUGAUGAUCCUGAGGCCGAUGCAGCAGGACACCCCAUGUACCAUGGACAUGACCCUCACAGCCAUCCAAUGCAUCCUGAUGUAGGAAGAGGUAGACGUGUGCCACCUCCACACCACGAAAUGAUGGAUUCAAUGGAGGAGCAUAUGUAUGAUGAAGGAAUGGAUGGAUGGCAGCCACCACAUGGCAGAGGACCUCCUCCGCCUCCACAUGAGUUGAUAGAUAGGGGAGGAGUGAGGAGGAGACCUAUGGGAAGAGGGAUGUGGCGGCCAGGUCCAACGCAUGAAAAAUUUGAAGAGGGGUAUAAUAAGGGUUUCGUUGAGGAUUAUGGCCAUGGUGUUGACAGAUUUAGCUGGCGGCCACCACAGGACGGUCCUCCUAAUGAGGCCAAGUACUAUGAGUCUGAAUGGGACAGAGAUCGUGCUCUACCUGAAAGGGACUAUCCCCCCCACAGGCCUCCAUCGGAGACCUUCAGGGAUGGUCAUUGGCCAGAGGAAAAAGAAAAAGGUCCCCCAUAUCAAUUUGAUGAGCAUGAACGGGGAAGAGGAGAACUUAGGAUCCGUGAAUACAGGGAAGAGCCACCUUUCCGCCAGGAGGAGCCCCCGUUCCAACCAUCACCUUCAUCUGAAUGGGAUAGAUCUUCAAGACUCCUUCAAGCACCAGAAAGAGGGUAUCCACCUGAAUUUGAAGAUCGCAGACCUCGCUAUGAUGAGCACAGGGAAGAGCUUUCUUCUGAUAAACGUCAACCACCAGCCCCGACUGCACCUGUCACAAACCUACCAGAGAGCUCAGUUGAACAAGCAUCAGGAGCGGCCGGCGCUAAUGUACUUGCUCUCUCCCAACGUCAACAUGAGAUCAUCUUGAAAGCUGCUCAAGAGCUUAAACUGAUAAGAGAACUGCAAGAGGGGAAGAACCCUGGUCCUGAACCCCAGCCUGCCCCAAGUGACAUCUUGCCUGAUCUUCCUGCUGGUCUCCUCGGUUUGGAGAUCCCACCGGACGUCAGGAAUGUUUUGAAGGGCAUGAGUGCAGCUGGACUGACUGCUACAACUGAACCUGUGUCUUGGGAUUCAAAGCAUUCUGCCCGAGAUUACCAGCCAGCCCUCCCUUCUGCUCACAAAGCUUCAAUGAUUCCAAAGACUGUGGAAUAUGGGCAUGGACAUGAGCCUGGUGCCACUGUUGAGCGGAUGUCUUAUGGUGAAAGAAUUGUGCUGAGGCCUGACCCAGUGCAAUCAGACAGGGGUUAUGACAAAGAACCUCUUGGUCUCAGAGAUCCUUAUGGCAGAGACCCUUAUUAUGAAAGACGUUCUGACCCUUACAUGGACCGUCGGGAGUACAGUAGAGAGAGGGACUUGUACAGAGAAAAGCCUCCACCUGAAUAUGAAAGAGAUAGAUUUGAGAGGGAGCGCUAUCCUCCAAGAGAAAGAGAUGACAGAUCUCCACUGGCACCACAUAUACGCUCAGCGUUAAGGGAUCGAGAGUGGGAUCUUCGUGAUCGUGACCGCAGUGGCAGUCGGGAUCGAGAUGAGCAUUACGGAAGGCCUGGCUACGACAGACCUCCCUACGAGCGGGCCUCACUGGACCGCAGUGGGCCCGAGCGUUACAGUCACAGCACAUCACCUUACGCGGAAAGAAGAAGUUAUCCAGAGGACAGAGGGCCUCCCGUUGCACCCCCUCUACCACCACCACCUCAGCCCCCCCCACGAGUCGAGAAGAAGCCAGAAAUCAAGAAUAUUGACGAUCUCCUCAAACCACCUGGCAGAUUAUCUCGACCUGAAAGGAUAGUCAUCAUAAUGAGAGGGCUUCCAGGAAGUGGAAAAAGCCAUGUUGCAAAGCUCAUACGGGACAAGGAAGUCGACUGUGGUGGUGCCCCCCCGAGAGUUCUUGUUUUGGACGACUAUUUCAUGACGGAGACUGAGAAAGUUGCGAAAGACCCAGACACGGGGAGGAGAGUGAAAUCCAAGGGUCUUGAAUACGAGUACGAGCCGGAGAUGGAGGACACGUACAGGAGCAGCAUGCUGAAGACAUUUAAGAAAACUCUGGAUGACGGCUUUUUCCCCUUCAUCAUUUUAGACACUGUUAAUGACAGAGUCAAACAUUUUGAUCAGUUCUGGAGUGCAGCCAAAACUAAAGGCUUUGAGGUGUAUCUGUCUGAAAUCACUGCAGACAAUCAGACUUGCUCAAAGAGGAAUGUCCACGGGCGUUCGCUUAAGGAUAUAACGAAGAUGUCCAACAACUGGGAGCCUUCACCACGUCACAUGGUGCGCUUAGAUGUCCGGUCCCUGCUUCAGGAUGCUGCUAUAGAGGAGGUUGAAAUGGAAGACUUCAACCCCGAUGACGAGCCCAAGGAACCCAAGAGAGAGGAGGAAGAAGAGGGAGAUCUGGGCUACAUUCCAAAAAGCAAAUGGGAGAUGGACACGUCUGAAGCAAAACUUGACAAGUUGGACGGUCUGGGGAGCAGCGGGAAGAGGAAACGUGAAGGUGAACACGCGGCAGACCUGGAAGACUAUCUUCAGCUGCCAGACGACUAUGCCACACGCAUGUCUGAACCAGGAAAGAAACGGGUUCGAUGGGCUGAUCUUGAAGAGCAGAAAGAAGCAGAUCGAAAGCGCGCGAUCGGCUUUGUGGUGGGUCAAACGGACUGGGAGAGAAUAACGGAUGGGAGCGGCCAGCUGGCGCAAAAAGCUCUCAACCGUACCAAAUAUUUCUAAGAAGAUAAUCUUAUCCCCCUUUUUUUUCCUAAUAGAAAGGUGCACAGAAUGUGAAAUGUGUCGCUGACGCUCACUCGCGCUGAAACAAGAGACUCAUCGAGGUGAUGAUCACCUGUAGAUUCUUGGUUAAUCCUGGAAAAGGACGCGGUAUAGGUUUCCUUCUUAUUUUUCAAAAAGACACGCUGAGUAUUCAAUGAUAUGAACUUGUAGAUUACGAUUCUGUGCUGCUUCUGGUCAUCCUGUAUUCAUUCAUGUUCUUUGCUGUUUUAUACUGUUCAUGUUUUAUUUACUGUAUUGCCGCUCUGUCCUGGUCCAUGCAAACUUGGAAAAAAGACAAUAAACGUUUCACAAAUUCA